AUGUCUUACCAGAAGGGCGAGAAGGACUUUGGCGAGCAGCCCAAGGCUCACCGCAUCCGCAUCACUCUGACAAGCCGCAAGGUCCAGUCUCUGGAGCGCGUUUGCACCGAGCUCAUCGAGCGUGCCCGCUCCAAGGACCUUCCUGUCAAAGGCCCCGUCCGCCUGCCGACCAAGAACCUGAAGAUCACCACCCGCAAGACCCCUUGCGGUGAGGGUUCGAAGACCUGGGAUAUGUACGAGCUUCGCAUCCACAAACGCCUCAUCGACCUGCACGCACCCACAGAGGUUGUCAAGUCUGUCAUUGUCAAUAUCGAGGCUGGCGUCGAGGUCGAGGUCACUAUUGCUGCUUAA